AUGUUAGGAGCACUAUCUGUUCCCUGCUGCUGCUCACUAGAUGUAGAUGGUAACUGCGCGGAUUGUGUAGUUGACAUCUUCCCUGCUAUUGCCCAAUGUCCAGACUGCCAAACUACACCAAGUUAUUUACCCAGAUCUACACUGACUGUGACUCCAGACAGUCCUGUGUUCACUGGAGAGACAGUCACUCUGAAGUGUGUGAUAAAGCCUGUUCACAGUAACUGGAGAUAUGAGUGGUAUGAAGGCAGAGACAGUGUAAUGUUACAGACGUCUAAGCGCUACUCUGUAAACAGAGACACUCUCACUAUCAGACGAGUAAUUACAUCUGAUCAGGGUCAGUACACGUGUAGAGGACAGAGAGAUAAAAGACCAAAAUCAUCACAAUCAAGCUCUGCUGUUUCUCUCUCUGUGACGGAUUUACCCAGAUCUACACUGACUGUGACUCCAGACAGUCCUGUGUUCACUGGAGAGACAGUCACUCUGAAGUGUGUGAUAAAGCCUGUUCACAGUAACUGGAGAUAUGAGUGGUAUGAAGGCAGAGACAGUGUAAUGUUACAGACGUCUAAGCGCUACUCUGUAAACAGAGACACUCUCACUAUCAGACGAGUAAUUACAUCUGAUCAGGGUCAGUACACGUGUAGAGGACAGAGAGAUAAAAGACCAAAAUCAUCACAAUCAAGCUCUGCUGUUUCUCUCUCUGUGACGGAUUUACCCAGAUCUGCACUGAUUGUGACACCAGACAGUCCUGUAUUCACUGGAGAGACCGUCACUCUGAAGUGUGUGAUUGAGUCUCACAGUAACUGGAGAUAUGAUUGGUAUAAAGGCAGAUACAAUGGUGUAAUAUUACAGACGUCUGAGCGUUACACUGUAAACAGAGACACUCUCACUAUCAGAGGAGUAAUUACAUCUGAUCAGGAUCAGUACACGUGUAGAGGACAGAGAGAUAAAAGACCAAACUCAUCACAAUCAAGCUCUGUUUCUCUCUCUGUGACGGAUUUACCCAGAUCUACACUGACUGUGACACCAAAGAGUGUAUUCACAGGACAGACAGUCAAUCUGACCUGUGUGAUUGAGACUUACAGUAGCUGGAGAUAUGAGUUGUAUAAAGGCACAGACAAAAGUGUAUUGUUACAGACGUCUGAUCGUUACACUGUAAACAGAGACACUCUCACUAUCAGAGGAGCGAAUGAGUCUGAUCAGGAUCAGUACUGGUGUAGAGGACAGAGAGAUGGAAGACCAAAAUCAUCACAGGAGAGUAACCGGAUAAAUCUGUCUGUUAAUGUGUCACGUUCAGGUCAGAUUUCUGUCUUCAGCAUCCUCAGUUUUCUUCUGGCAGCUUGUCCGUAUCUGCUGGCGACAGUCGUGCUGCUGUUCAAAUGCUACAGAGCGAGAGUUGCAUCUACUGAAGACCAAAGCCAGUAUGCCGUAACAGAGGAACAAACUUCAACCUGAUUUCAUCCAUUCUUCAGACCGCAUGUAUAGAGUCACAGGAUGCUGGAGUCUCAGACUGAAGGCUGGGAAACUCGCAAGA